ACCUCCCGGAGGCAGGGCGUUCUCCCCCGCGCAGAUGACAUCACGUGGUUGGGGCUGAGUCGCCGCAUAAAAGCAGCCCGCGGGGAGCCGGGGGCCCGAAGAGCAGACGCGCUCGCAGGGCGGCGGGGCUGCGCGCACACGGUCCCCAGCGCGGAGUGGCCGGAGCGGACGCCGCGGGCGCCCCGCGGCCAGCGAUGCCCCGCAGCGUGCACGCCGCCGCCGUGCUCCUGCUCCUGUGCUUAAAGGAACCGCCGGCCGGCGCGGCCCCGCUCAACGGAUCCAAGUGGAGCUAUUUCGGUCCUGAUGGGGAGAAGAGCUGGUCCAAGAAGUACCCGUCAUGUGGGGGCGUGCUGCAGUCCCCAAUAGACCUGCACGGUGACAUCCUCCAGUACGACGCCAGCCUCCUGCCCCUUGGGUUCCAAGGUUACAAUGUGUCUGCCCACGAGCAGUUUCUCCUGACCAACGAUGGCCAUUCAGUGAGGCUGGACCUGCCCCCGGACAUGCACAUCCAGGGCCUCCGGUCCCGCUACAGUGCCGCGCAGCUGCACCUGCACUGGGGGAACCAGAAUGACCCUCACGGCUCCGAGCACACUGUCGGUGGGAAGCACUUUGCCGCUGAGCUGCAUAUUGUCCAUUACAACUCGGACCUGUACCCCAACGCCAGCGCCGCCAGUAACAAGUCAGAAGGCCUCGCUGUCCUGGCUGUUCUCAUAGAGAUGGGCUCCUUCAAUCCAUCUUAUGACAAGAUCUUCAGGCACCUUCAAGAUGUAAAAUACAAAGGCCAGGAAGUGCUCAUUCCGGGUUUCAGCAUUGAAGAGCUGCUUCCUGAGAGGCCUGAGGAAUACUACCGCUACAAAGGGUCCCUGACCACACCUCCCUGCCACCCCACAGUGCUCUGGACAGUUUUCCGGAACCCUGUGCAGAUUUCCCAGGAGCAGCUGCUGGCUUUGGAGACUGCUCUGUACUGCACACACGAGGACGACCCGUCCCCCAGAGAGAUGGUCAACAACUUCCGGCACGUCCAGAGCUUUGACGAGAGGCUGGUGUAUAUCUCUUUCCGACAAGUGCAAGACCUUACCUACACAGGACUGAGUCUGGGCAUCAUCCUUUCAGUGGCCCUGGCUGGCGUUCUUGGCAUCUGUGUUGUCCUGGCAGUGUCCAUUUGGCUUUUCAGAAGAAAGAAGAGUAGCAAAAAAGGUGACAACAAAGGAGUCAUUUACAAACCAGCGAUCAAGAAAGAGACCAAAGAGACCGAAGCCCAUGCCUGAGGCCCCAGAACUCUCACGAAUGUCCACGGAAGGACUUUGUUUUUGGACACUACACACUGUGGCUCCUGAGGCCCUUGAAACACCUGAGGGUUCUUUGGAGUGCAACCCACAAUCACUCCAGGGCCAUGGGGGGCUUCUAGGUGGGUGCCCUGUGCGACGCACGGAUGGGAAAAACUCACCAAGGAAGCAGGAACAUUUGAGUCUGCUUUGGCUGUGUGGACCAUCAAGUUGUCUGGAUUCUGGGGGCACAAGCCAAGUCACUCACUGGGGGCUGUUAGUGGUCUUGAAAUACUUUUAUCCAGGGAUUCAUUUGAGUGUGAUUUCAAGGAUCCUGGAAAUCCUGCUUCUAGUCGAAGCUUUCAGACCUGGAUGUGUACUCUCUGCUUAGGAUUUGUUUUUUAGACUCAGUUUCUUUCCUCAGGGAAGGGGCUGUUGUUCUCUGAUUUCCUUCUGCUAUGACAAAACCUUUGGUCUGAUCUUACAGUUGGGAGGAAGAAUGAUACAGCAAGAGUCAAGGUAUCAUAGACAAAACAAGAGCUAUUCUUUGAAACACAGUAGGAGCAUUUCCAAAGUCCUGCACUUUGGUUCAAAUGCACUGAAGGGACCUGCGAAGGAGAGAAUGAGAAGACACCUAAGGUCUGCAGGAACCUCACUUUGCAGUGAGAACUGAAGUCAGAAGUUGUCUAUCAAGUCCUGAGAAGGACAGAAUAUUAAGGCCAAGCCCAACCUCCAGUCAGCAGGGCAGUUAUGCUCUGUACUCUAUACACUUUAAACAUGAUUAGGCUUUUCCUUGAAAAUGUAUUGUUGCUUUCUCUCUCCUACACAUGAGUUCUGAGAUGACCCAAACUGCUUUUGAAUCUAGAGGAAACAGGCAGAAGCAAAACGAUUGAAGAGCUUUGUCUCUUUUGUCCAGAUUUUAUUUCUGCCCCUUCCGUGGUGUCCUGAGUGCCUAUCUGGAAUUGGGACUUACCUACUUCUCUGAUUUUGGGGACACUGAGUCACGGCUAGGUUGAAAUCUAUCUUUAAGCUAUGAAAGCAGGGAGUUAUCUGUGCAGGGUGAGGAUACUAUGGUAUUUAGGGACCAAUAAUAAUGGAAUCUUACAAAGAUUCUUCAUGGUCUUCCACCCAAGUCACAGGCAGUUUCUGAAAAGAGUUAACUCCUUCCUAGAUGUAAGAGCCCCAUGAAGAUCAGUUAGUCCCAUGGCUGUGAAAGAGCCUCCAGACCAGCCUCUCAUGGCCAGCACCUUGCAGUUCACAGAGAACUUUCUAAUUCCUGGUCUCAUUGUGACAGCACAGAAUGUCCUAUCAAAGCACACAUUUCUUUAUAACAUCUUUUUCCUUCUACUCCUCCCUCUGACUCUGAGAAGUCUUCUCCCUUCUCUACUGUCAUGACUUUUUGUAAUGAUGGCCACCCCCGUGGCUUUGUAGCUAGUCUGCUAAACAAAGUUAUGAAAGACCUAAUGGACACUCAGAUGUGUGUGUAUGAGAACUCUGACAGGUUUGGAGCCUGGGGUUGCAUCCCAGCCUUGUCAUUAGCAUGCUUGAUGCUGCUCAAAUGACAGCAGGGACAGCUCUCAUGACAGAGCCAUGGGACUGAGGGGAUGCUUUCUUGGUCUUGACCCAAAGUUGCCAAUCAGAAACCAACAUAAACCACUCCAGAGCCAUGGGAAUCUCUCCCUUGCCUUUUAUGAGCAAUUUUGUAAGAGAACAGAGAUUAUCAUACCUGGCAUGACAGUUGCUCAAAGAAAGGGAGAUCUGGAGAUCUACUGAGCCAUGAAAACUAGCAUUUCCCCUUCCCUAUGGCUGAGAAAAGGGAGGCAGGUAGAAGGCUCCAAGAAUCAACACUGUCAACUUCCAUGUGAAUCAUUACGGGACUCCUGAGGACCCAGCAGCUUUGGAACUGGGAAGCCCUUCUCCAGGUUCUCCCUCAUCCCCACCCCAGGAAGCCAGCACUGUGAUGUGUGACGCUCCUCUGCCUCACACGCCCCCGGUGGAGGGCCCGGGUGCUGUGCUGGGUGCACAGCAGGUAGAGAUCACAAAACGAGGCCCAGACUGGGAAAAGGACACAGGGAAGGCCCUGGCUUCUUUGCUUCUCACUAACAGGAUAGCCUGAGUCUCUGUGUUCUGUUACUUUAGUACCAUCUGGUAAAAAUAGUAACAACUUACACUUGUUUCCUUAAGAGGCAUUCUAGGAUUUUCUUUCAUUGACUAUUAAUUAAUCCUAGUUCGAGUUCUAGAUUCUUUUCCCCUUGCCAAACUCUCUGAAGGCCUCCUGAGCAGCGCUGGGGAGCACCAGGGUCUACAGCACCCCUCCAUCCCUGUGCCACAGAUGGAUCAUAGGCCACUGUGAUGAUGGUCUGUUUAGCACUUCUGUAUUUAUUGUAAGAAUGAUUGUAAUGAAGACCUAAACUAUAAAUAUGAGAAAUUAUAAAUAAAAUGUUUUUCAUAUCAGACUGA